AUGUGCACGAGUAAGGUACAAUAUGUGAUGAGACGAAAGACCGGUUGCAACCGGUCUAAACCGGUCUUUUUCGGUUUUUAUAUAUUUACAAAAACAUGGCAACUGGCAACUGGACUGAUCACAAAUGUGGGCAACUGGCAACUGGAAAAGACCGGACUGUGGUUCAGUCCAGUUCUCACGCAUCCGAAAACCAGCCUAGGUACUUCUGAGGCAGAUUUCAAUGCGCCUGCGGAAGACGAGGACUCUUUUCUCUUCCCAAACUUGGACGAUAGUCCAUUGGCGGACGAUGUGACGAGAAACAUGGAUGAAAGUAAGGAGCUGGUCCCUCGUCAGCAAGCUGGUCGUAUCUCAAGUUCGUCAUGGGAUGUGUUGAACACCGGCUUCCAGAAGAUCGACGACAUCAUCGACCAACUUGCUAACAAGACAGGCCAUACACAUGAGAACAUCAUCACGUUGUGGAAGCGCACCCACACACAUGAAUGUACAGGCUCGAUGUGGAAUAAAUACCAGAAAUACUUUCUAGCUAAUCGGGAGAAGGAACGUAGACGGAUUGGGGACUCAAGGGCAAAUUGUAGUCAGCUCAAAAGGGUCACAAACAAAGCAGCCGAACAAGACGGCUUUGAAUCCCUCUUCGUUUUGGUGGGAAAUUCGAUCCAUGAGGACGUCGGUCUCUCUCAAGUUCACCUUUCGGCAGGUGCAGAGGAGGAGUGGCUUCACAUGGAUCAUGACACGAUGAGUGGUCUAUUUAAGAACCACGUCUGCAAGAGGAUUUCCCUGGGACUCCAAACAAGGCUCGAGACAGACCAGAAGAGCUCGGCAGAGGCAGUUAACACAACCAAUCCUAAGAAGCCUGGACCAGACGGGGACUCUUCCAACAGCGGCGACGAUGACGACAACACAAGUAAAAGCUCUGGCCUCACCCUCGAAAAGGUGAAGGUGAUCAUCAAAACAGGCCUUCAAAACCUUCUGGAGCCAUAUGACCUCUGUCUUAGUUUCGAAUCUAUUCCUUGGUCGAAGCUGUCCACCACCCUCGCCCCUGCCGGUCUUAGGAUUGAAAAUUGGACCAGAGGAGUCGAUUUUCCGCGCUCAAUUGCGAAAGGCGCUACUGUAAUUCGUAAACGAAACACAAGCCAGGGAAUCAAAGACCUCGGCAUUGGUGCCAUCCAGCGUUUCGCUGAGUCUUUUGCAUCUGAUGCUACGAGGAUCCGUGUUGUCCGCAUGGAUCCAGAAAUGCUACUCACGAGCAAAGUGCCCUUGUACAUGGAAGCACCGCCAGGUCCCAGCUCACUGACGAAAGUCACUCGUCGCAGUUAUCUGGAUGGUCACGUCGAUCAGAUCAUGGACAGGUCGCAGGAAAAGCACCCUCGCAUCGCGAAACUUCCGCCAGCACAUGAGAUCAUAGAGAUCAACAAAAAGGAAAGAAGACCUGACGGCAGCGAUGAUAGCGAUGAUGAACCUGUGGUUCCACCGGUGAAAAGGCGACCCACCAAGAAGUCCAAGGAAAUCGUCUCAUCCAGCAACAUCAGCGAUGCCGACACCAAUGAUACUUUGGAGUCGACGGUGACUUCAAAGUCAGAGAAGGCCAAGACGACAGCAAAGGCGCUCAAGGGAAAGGGUAAGGCUACAGCGACUAAGACCACUGCCAUGGGCACCGCCUCUGGAUUGGGUGCUGCCCCAGCUGCCCCCAGCGACCAACUCAAACUGAUCUCUGCAUUCAGUGCAGUGUCUCGUGCUGUUGCUGCCGCGUCUACGUCCAAACCAUCACCCCCCACUGUAAACCCAGCUGGUAGUGCAUGCAUCCAGCCACGCCCCAUCAAGCAUCAACCUCCAGCCAUCUCAGCUGCCAGAGACCCAUUCACCGUGAAAGAGGCCAGAGCUUCUGGAAAUCCUAAGGGCGUGUCCAUGCGACCUGUCACUCCCUCAACAUUGACAAUCCACGAGUCUACGACAAUGUCCAAACAGUCAGCGUUUGGACCCAUUUGUAUCUUCGACGAUCCAGCCCUCUCCCUGUCCAAGUCCACUUCAAAACGCUCAGUGGAUACUGAAAGGUCGCAAGCGGUAAUCAGCAAGAAACCUCGCACCAACGUUGACAGACCAAUGAGUUCAGCACUUGCGAUGGCAGAUAAACCAUUGGAGGAACCAAUCAUCAUCCCAAAACCCACUUCUUCUGUGGAGGACACACUGGUGCCUGGAGCGAUGUCCAUGCCUACUCCACCCCUGACACAAGGGGCCAGGGUCAAUCCUACACAGGGAUACCAGUGGCCAUAUGGCUUCUUUCCUCCGUUCAGUUUUCCGCCAGGGUACCCGGCCCCACCCCCUGGUUGGACCUUUCCGGGGAUGCCGCCUUGGAACCCUGACCGUCCCGCAGGUAGUGCUUCUGACUCAGCACCAGUUCCGCCAUAUCUGCCUCACCCGUACUUCCCUCAAGGCGCCUUCCCUACCCCUUCAGCAAAGCCAGCCGAAGGGGAGCCUGGACCCUCUCGCCUGACAUGA